AUAGCAACAGUGAGGCAUAUCACGACGGGGGCGUAACUCGAAGCAGGGGGCGUAACUUGAAGUUGCGUAAGUAAUCACACAAAUCCACGCGAGAUCUCAAAACGAGAUGUUGUAUGCAAGAUGGCCGCUCACAUGAAGACAGCGCUUCACCCAACAGUUUGUAGGGAAGGCAUAUUAAAGAAACCAAUUUCUGAAGGCGAGUACUACAAAUGCCAGUUCUGUAGCAAAAUGGGAGAGUAUGCAUAUGCUGUGGCACAUAUGCAAACCCACGAGAAGACAACUGUUAAACAUGGAGGGUAUAAAAUUUACAGAUGCCACUGUGAACGUUUCAAAAGCCAACAUUAUCACUGCUGCUACUGUGCGAGGAUUUUAACUCGGCAAAAUUUAUUUUUGAACCAUCUGCAAAAAUGUGGGUUAGAUAACCCAUCAACAGUUCCCUGUGUUUCGGCACCCUCCGUCGUCUGUGCAUCGUCCAGCGUCUCUGCAGCCUCCAGAGCUUCCGCACCCUCCAGUACCGUCUCUGCAGCCUCCAGAGCUUCCGCACCCUCCAGUACCGUCUCUGCACCCUCCAGCGCCAUUGCAAUCUUCAGCUUCUCUGCUCCCUCCAAAGGCGUCUGUGCACCCUCCAGUGUUUCUGCAGCUUCCAGCGUGUGCGCACCCUCUAUGGUUUCCGCAUCCUCAAACGUCUCUGCAGCCUCCAACAUCUCUGCACGCUCCAGUGUCCAGUUCUUGGCAGCUUGCAGGACACCAACUUCCUAUCUAACAGUCAUUACACUGUCUAAAAGUGAUGACACACCUGCCUCAUCAAUUCCUGCCCAAACCACCUGUAUGAGUAACCCAAAAAUACUCAAGUCAAGGCCCAAAGGAACUACAUGUGCAUCCUAUAAUUUGAUUGUGAACAAAAAAAAUAACAAGCUUCACCCAACAGUUUGUAAGGAUGGCAUAUUAAAAAAACCAAUUUCUGAAGGCCUUCAGAACUACAAAUGCCAGUUCUGUUGCAAAAGAGGAGAGUAUGCAUAUGUGGUGGCACAUAUGCAAACCCACGAGAAGACAGCUGUUAAACAUGGAGGGUAUAAAAUGUACAGAUGCCACUGUGGAUUUUGCAAAAGCCCUCAUUAUCACUGCUGCUACUGUGAGAGGACUUUAACUCAGCAAAAUGUAUUUCUGAACCAUUUGCAAAAAUGUGGGUUAGCUAACGCAUCAAUAGUUCCUUGUGCUUCUGAACCCUCUAUCGUCUCUGAGUCUGCACCCUCCAGUGUUUCUGCAGCUUCCAGUGACCAGUGCCGGACAACAACUUCCAAUCCAACAGUCACUACAGUGUCUAACAGUAAUGACAAAACAACCUCAUCAACUUCUACCCAAACGAGUAACGCAAAAAUAUUCAAGUCAAUCCCCAAAAGAAUUACAUGCCCAUUCUGUAAUAUGAUUUUAAACAAGAAAAACAUCAAGGUACACAUUCAAAGACGUCACUCAUCAGCAAAUACAGAUGUAAAAGCAAAUCACCAUCUUCCAUCCCAAAGCAUGGACUAGGGAUGUCACAAUUUCAUAUCCUAUCAUUCUCCAUAAAUUGUAUGAGCAUUGGUCCAGUUACUUAACUUAUACAGCCACUUUAAUUGUAUUGCCCAAGUUUUCCCCAUUUAGGAACAAUAAAGUUUUAUUGAUAUUAUUA